UUUACAACAUAAGCUAUCAUGUCGAUUGAAGCAUUGUCCGGUAAAGUUUUCUUGCUAAUAACUGGCGCGAGUCGUGGCAUCGGUCGACAAAUCGCAACAACGUUUGGUUCAUUAUUACAAGAAGGCUCACAUAUUCUUUUAUUAGCGAGAAAUAUAAAUAGCUUACAAGAAAUUGCCAAAAAUAUACCUUCUAAAGUGACGGUUCAUACUGUUAGCAUGGACUUGAGUAAAGCAAGUAAAUCUGAUUUUGAAGGAGUUAUAUUGGAGUCUUUGAAAGGAACAACUUGUGAGGCAUUUGAUCGAGUGGUUGUAGUGCAUAACGUGGGCACUAUGGGCACCUCUAAAUUGGCAAAUAAACUAUCAGACGUAAAUGACUGGAAAGAAGUUUAUGAUAUAAAUUUUUUUGUGCCCGUCAUAUUAAACACAGUCAUUAUGAAUAUGUUUGACAGUACAAACACUAAGAAAGUUAUUAUUAAUAUAACAUCUCUGUACGCCAUUAAAGGAGAAAUCGGCUAUAGUCAAUAUUGCUCGGCGAAAGCAGCACGAGAGAUGUAUUUUAAGGUCUUUGCUUUGGAAAAUCCUGACGUUAACGUAUUGAGUUACGCACCAGGACCUGUCGACACAGAUAUGUUUGUAAUGGCAUGUGAAAAAGCCGUUGAUUCUGACGUUAAAAAAAUAUUUAACAAUUUGCGAGAAACAAACACCGUAUUGACUACAGAACAAACAGUGAAUCGUCUUAUACAAGUCUUAAGGGAACACAAAUAUAAAUCGGCCGAUCAUGUGGAUUAUUACGAGUUGUAGACAAUUGACGAAAAAAGUCGCAGAAAUAAAAAUUCAGCAUGACCCUUUUUUAGCGAA